CACAGAUUCUCUCGUACAAUGACUGACGCAGACCUCGGCUUCUCCCUCUCCGAUAUCCUCGCCGACCGCCCUCCCGCCUCCGCCCCCUCGUCAACAGCCGACAUAAACGCCUUAACCCAAUCCUUCAUCUCAGAACGACUCUCACCAGAGUUAUUGCCCUUCGAGACAGAAGUGCUGGAUAGAGUCAUGGGGCGGGUACAGGAUAUGAUCAUGAGAGUCGAGGAAGCGAUGAGUGAACAAGCCGAAGGCCACGGAGGAGGAGGUUUCAAAGUCGUAUUGAUGCAAACAGAGCUGGAGCGUGUCAAAUGGCUCGUACGAUCCUACCUCCGCGCACGACUCCACAAGAUCGAUCGCUAUCCCCUCCACAUCCUCCGCACCCAAGACCUCGUAACGCGCCUCUCCCGCACCGAAAAGCAAUACGCACAAAAACACCUCGCACUCCUCACGCACCACUACCGCUCCUCAUUCCUCUCCGCCCUCGACCCACAACUCCAGAAUUUGGACGAUAACACGGCUGGUAUCAGCAUGAUCGAAACCCCCGAUCUCGAUAGUGCGGUUUUCGUGCGUGUUAAACGCGAUGUGGAGGGGGGUGAUGGGGAUGUGUUGGGUGUCAAGACGGGAGCGAAGGGGGAGGGAGGGGAGGAGGAGAUGGUUGAGUUGAGGGGUGGGGCGAUUUAUAUUUUGAGGUGGAGUGCGGUUCGGAAGUGGGUUGUGAGUGGGGAUGUGGAGUUGAUUUGAGUGGAUGGACGAGAGAAUGAGCAUAGAAUGGGACCGCAAAUGGCUGCCCUGGCACGCACGCGUCGAGGGGUGGAGCUGAGCACGUCGGACCCGCACAGCAGCAGCUACCAGAGGUACGCACGACACAUGGGAGACAUCUGAACGGCACGAUGAAGCACACAGGAGGCGCGUAAUGGGUCGCCAAGGGAGGGUUGCAGCCCGCCCCGAGAGUUCAGCGUCUGAGCUGUCACACCCGCGGCCGAGCUGUCUACCAAACUCCAAAAGACGGUCGAUACGGGUCUAGUUAUAUUCUAUAGGUAAAGGCAAAAAGAAAGUAUAAGGUACCUUCAC